AUGUCUGCCGCGGUCGUCCAGCCCCUCGCCCUCCCCGAGGGCUCGCAAAUCAACUUUGGGGCGUCUGUCUCUAGCGUUGAUGUCGAGAACCUCACCGACGCCGACUUCGACGUGAUCCGCACGGCACUCUUCACGCACCAGGUGGUGGUAUUCAAGGGACAGGGCCACGUGACGCCGCGGGCGCAGUUCGAGCUGACGCGGCGGUUCGACCCGGCGGCUGCGGCGGCGUACGGGCACGGGGCGACGCUCGACGCCAAGCGCAGCGUGCUGCACCCGGACCUCAAGACGAUCCCGCACCAGCCGCAAGUACAAGUCAUCGGCAACGGCUUCGUGGGCGAGUACGAGGGCCUGCACAACAUCACGCUGCGCCACCCGCACCACCGUACCUUCCACGCCACGGCCGUCCCGGAUGCCGAGGAUCUCGACUACACGCGCUUCUACCGCUGGCACAUCGACGCGGCGCUUUACGGCAGCGGGCUCGCGCCGCCCGUCGUUACCACGCUGCUCGCCGUGCGCGUGCCCGCCGGCCGCACCCAGGUGUGCCGCUACGACGACGGCACCGGCGACGCGCUGCGCGUGCCGCUGGGCACCACGGCGUUCGUGUCGGGGUCGGCCAUGCUCGACCAGCUGUCGCCAGCGGACCGCGCGCUGGCGCUGGGCACGCGCGUCGAGUACGCGCCCCACCCGUACAUCUGGAUGUCGGGCGCCAAAUCCCGGCCCGACGGGCUCGGCAUGGUGUCCGAGGGCAAAGAGGUCCCGCUGGACGAGCUGCCGGCCAUCGACGAAGCGCAGAUCCAGAUCCUGCCCAUGGUGUGGCGCAACCCCGUGACCAACGAGCUCGCCCUCCAAAUCCACCCGUCGGCCAUCCGCAAGCUGCAUCUCGCUGACGGCAGCGUAGUCGACGACUUGGCCGAAGUCCGCGAGAUCGUGCACCGCCUGCAGCGGCCCGGUAUCGCGCCGGGCCUGGUGUACGCCCACGACUGGGAGGAGGGCGACCUGGUGCUGUUCCACAACCGCGGCGUGCUGCACUCAGUCGUCGGCGCCUUCGCCGAGCACGAGGUCCGCCUGUUCCGCCAGUGCAAUGUCGCCGCGAGCAGUCUCCCGCUCGGUCCGGAUGUUGUUGCGGCUGCUGCUUGA